AUCCACACGAUAACUAAAGAAAAAAAAAACAGUAUCUAACCUGGUUUUCAAAACAAACCUUGAAAAUGUGUCCGGCGAUCCUGGACAGCGAAGAGCGAUGCCUAGGAGGCAUGACAUUUUUCGCUCAAAGCCACCCAACGGAGCUCUGCGGAAGCAACGGACUGCCAUUAACGCCAAACUCGAUCACGAUCUACGGAAAGGCGCAGUUCCUCAAGACGGUCCGGCACAGGAACUUGGCUCCGUACCUAGACAUAAUCAGGAGCAAGCACGAGCGGACAAUUGUUGUUGCUGAGUACACUGGGUCUCCGCUCUCGGGACACAUUGGUGAUGAAAGCUUCUCCUGGGAGACGAUCAAGUACAUAGCUUACCAGUGCCUAUCGGCGCUGAGUUACAUUCAUGAUCUAGGACUGACUCACAGGCACUUGAGUCCGGAGACGAUCCUGAUCUCCAGGAGCCAGGAGAUUAAGCUUUACAACUUCGGACUCUACUACAUGACCGACAUGGGCCGGAACGUCUCCUUUCCUAUCGGAAGCCCUAAGUACACCGCCCCCGAGGUGUUUUUGAACGAGCAGAGCACUCCUAGCUCUUGUAAAGUAGACUCCUGGUCCCUGGGGAUGAUAAUCGCGGAGCUUCUGCUGAAGAGGUCACUCUGGGCGGAGCUGAAGCUGGGCCAAUGUCUGUGGAAGCUCCUGAGUCUGCUGCAUUCUGAGAACGGGAUCUUUGAACGGCUGGCCCUUGAAUGCGACCGGCAUGACACUUACAAAAAGAUUCCGCAGGAAUUGAAGGAGUUUGUGGCCAUGGCGCUGGAGGUUGAUCCUUCGAAGCGGCUCAGCGCUUCAGAGCUGCUGGAUCUUCCGAUCUUUAAGGAGUUCAGGGCUGGGGAGUUCAAGGAUCAGGACGAGUUCCUGGAUGUUGUAACCAGGAAAAUGGAUGACUUGUAUUACUUGUGGCAGCUUGCUGGCGGCGACAUGACUGGGGAGUUGAAGAAACAGGGACUGAUCAGGUCCAGGCCUCCGAUUUUGUCAAUUCCUAAUUUGAUUAUUUUGCUGGGGCAGAUGUUUGGAAGGAGGGACACUGCUGGGUUGCUGGAUCUUAGGGUUAUUAAGGUACUUCUAGAAACUCUGAAACAACGUCUAAGCCACGUACCCUACAUAGCCAACAGCCCAAAGCUCUCCACAGAAGCAGACUUUCACCUCCAAGACGAGUUAACCAACGCAACCACUAAACUUCCUCUAAUAAUCCGCGAAAGAGACACCGAGUACCAGUUCUACCGACUGGUCCUAUUCGAGCGGCUGCUCCAAGCCUACCCAGUGUCUCGCUCAGCAAUCCUGCGAGAAGCUCACAAGGAUAUUCCUCCGCCAUUUCGCGGCCAGAUUUGGGCAGCCAUUUUGGGAGUAGUCGGGAACAUCCAGAGAAAAUACGAGCAGAUUGACAAAGAGACUCCAACGCACACCGACCGGCAGAUUGAAGUGGACAUUCCUAGAUGUCACCAGUACAGUGAGUUGCUGUCUUCUGGAGCAGGACACGAACGACUCCAGAGACUCCUCAAGGCCUGGGUGAGGAACAACCCUCAGUAUGUCUACUGGCAGGGUCUAGACUCGCUCACAGCGCCAUUUUUGUACCUUAACUUCAACAACGAAGCGCUGGCGUUCGCCUGCUUGGAAGCUUUUGUCCCAAAAUACCUGCACCAGUUCUUCCUGAAGGACAAUAGCGCUGUAAUUCAAGAGUAUCUUGGAAAAUUCUCGCAGAUCAUCGGGUUCCAUGAUCCCAAGCUAGCGAACCACUUAAGAGGGAUCAACUUUGUUCCGGAACUCUUUGCGAUUCCCUGGUUCCUCACCAUGUUCUCACACGUGUUCCCGCUGCACAAGAUACUCCAUCUGUGGGACAAGCUUCUUCUAGGCGACUCCUCAUUUCCCUUGAUGGUCGGCCUCGCGAUCUUGAAGCAGCUUAGAGACGCACUGCUAACUUCAGGCUUCAACGAGUGUAUCCUUUUAUUUUCCGAUCUUCCUGAAGUGGAUAUCGAGCUCUGCGUCAAAGACUCCAUGGACAUAUACACGAACACUCCGACGAGUAUUACUUAUAGGAAGUACCAAUUUGACCAAUCCAAAGCCAGCCACUGGAAGGAACCUGAACCUGGAACUGAAAAGAUGCCAAGGAUUAGUAAUGAUGAUUUCGUUAAUUAUUACGGAAACAAACGGGAUAAGAUGAUUGUUGUGGAUAUUAGGAAUAAUAUACAGUACGAGCGCGGUGCUGUGAAAGGAAGUAUCAACAUACCGUUUACUAGUGUCCAAUUGUCGCAUACUAGCAUUGAGUCGUUGGGGAAUCAAGCUAAGGUGUUGGCUGAUCCAGAUAAUAAUGAGUGUAUUGUUGUUGUUAUUGGACCCCAUGAUCAGAAUAAUGCUCUGUUCACUGAAUUUCUGAUGAAAUGCAACAUAUCAGGAGUAUGCUCCCUCCAAGACGGUAUUUACGGCCUGAGAUCCAAGUGUCCGAAUCUCUUGGUCCCAAUUCGUGACCAGAUAUUCCUAUAAAUUAAUAAAUUAUAUACAACUUCUAUUGAUGUAUAAUAUAUAUAAAAUUGUAAAUAUAUUUUUGUAAGAAUAACUGUUAUCAUUUGAAUUUAAUAAUCAUGUUUAUAUAACCUC